UUUUGACGUUUGUGUGAUUGGUAAAUUGACAGGUUAUCUUAAAACUAAAAGAAAUAUUAUAUUUUUAAUAAUAAAAUGGGAAGUUGUUUGAAAGCCGUAAAAGUUGGUUUUAUGUGCAGACUUUGCUCAGAGCAUAAAAAGAAAGUAAUUCAUCUAUAUGGAGUAUCCGCAAGAAAAAAGAGCCUUUUGCACAAGAUUAAACUCAUACCAUUAGAUAUACAAAAGUAUGAUAAGUUACCCAAAACAGUUUGUGAAAUGUGUAUAAUUAAACUAGAAAAACAGUAUGAGUUUGUACAAAAAAUACUGAAAAAUAUGUAUAAUCAAAAUAACGAAACUGAUCGUCAGGAAAUCAUCCAUUGAGGGGUACCACCAUUGAAUCUUCAUUAAGCAACAUAAUUUAUUUUUUUAAGCACAUUUAUUAUUUUACUUAAUAAAAUUUCUAAUUAAUAGCGUUUAUGUGUAAGGAUAUUAGUGUUAUAAAUAAAAUUGCUACAAAUAAAUAAAUAA